GCGGGAAGGUGGCUGCCUCGGCUACGGCAGCGGUUGAAAGCCGGGCGGACUGCCGGGAGGAUGGCGGACGGCGACAUCUCCGACAAUGAGCCUACGACGCGAACGCUGCUGCGGCGCGUGCUGGAUACCGAGGCCCCGCGCACUCCGCGGCGACGCCAGAGCACUCGGGCCGGGGUCCAGAGAACCCCGCUGGGAACACCUUUCUCUAUGAGGUUGAGGAGCCAAACAAAGACAACUGCCGGGCGGCAGCCCCACAGAGCCAGGUCUAUUGGCAGAUUGGCCCACAUUCAAACCAGGGGACAGCUGAAGGAACAGACACCCCGGACUCUGCUUGAGAAUAUCCUGUUAACCGCCCCGGAAUCUUCCAUGGUCAUGCCAGAGUCAGCAGUGAAGCCAGUGCCAGCACCGCAGGUGGUCCAGGUGGUCCAGUUCUCCAGGCGGGAAAGCAGUCCUGGCAGUCUGGAACUGCAACUUCCUGAGCUCAACGCCCCCACAACCUUGGCUCCAGGUCGGUUGACUUCUGGCAGGAGGAAGAAGAGGCUGAGAUUGUCAGAGUUUCAGCAAGGAAUGGACCAGGAGCUGCCUCUCUCCCAAGGUCCUGUUACAGAGCCUCCUGGGAAUACUGGUGCCUCCUCUCUCAGCAGCUCCCUCAACCUGACCUUUGCCACGCCUCUCCUGCCACAAUCAGUGCAGAGGCCUGGUUUGGCCCGCAGACCUCCUACACGCCGAGCUGUCGAUGUGGGUAUAUUUUUGCAGGAUCUUCAAGAUACUUCUGUGGCCACGGCUUUUCCAGGUGACAGAACCCCUGUUGCUACCCUGCCAACGGACACCGUGUUGGAGGACACCCAGCCUUUCUCCCAGCCUUUGAUUGGCCGUUCCCCCAGUGUGCACCACUCCCUCCCCUACCCCUCUCUCUCUGCUGAGAGGACUGUCAGUCGCAGGACACGGAGCAGUGGGCCUGGGCUGCAGAACAACAGUCCUGGGAAACCAGCCCAGCUUCUGGCUGGAAAGGCAGAGGAGGUUGAUGCCCUUGCUAUGCGCUUCCCGAACACCAGCAGUGGUACCUCUGGAGUAGAUGGACUAGAGCCCUUAUUGGGUGGAGUUGGUGAGGAGGUAGAGGAAAGAAUGGAAGAAAGCAUGAGCUUGAGUGAAGUGAAGGAAGCAACAGGAGCACAAGCAUCUGCCAGAGCAGAAGAGCCUGAGGCACACACAGAAGUGGCAGAAGCAGAAGGAUCCUGGGGGGCUAUUGAGGAAAAGGAGCUAGAAGGAUCUUCAGGGGAUAAGGACACUGAAGGUAGGACAGCAAGGCCAGAGUUGGCCUCCAGCACCCCGGAGUUUCCUCGGGCCAGGCAACUGGAGUUCCUUGAGCCAGCCCCACCGACUAGCACUGCAGUGGGCCUCUUCAGGCAGCAGGUCAUUCCUGCCCCCAGCUUAUCUUCAGAGCCUCUGGAGCCUCUAUCAGCCAGGCUUCCUACCCGGCUCCAAACUGCUGGCCCCAGACUCCGACAAGAUCCUUAUAAGAUGGGACUGAGCCACUAUGCUAAGCUCUUUAGCUUCUAUGCUAAAAUGCCCAUGGAGAAGAAGGCUCUUGAGAUGGUGGAGAAAUGCCUGGACAAGUAUUUCCAACGUCUUUGCGAUGACCUGGAUGUAUUUGCUGCUCACGCUGGCCGCAAGACUGUGAGGCUAGAGGACCUGGAGCUGCUGAUGCGACGGCCAGUCCACGUGUUCUGCCAUUUCUGCCAGGAGAAAACGUGGCCACCCUACUUUGAUUCCUGGGCAUGUGCUGCUUCUUGGCCUGGUUAUUAACAGCUAGGAAGGCCUCUGCAAGCUGGUAGCUAGAAGUAUUUCUGGAGCACAUAUGCCAACCACUCAAGUACCUUAUCAGGCACCUAGGUCAUAAAGACAAAAAGUCACAGCCCUGAAGGACCUUGGCAGAUCUGCACAGUUCCUGGCACACGGCAGGCUGGAUGAAGAAGUGAGUCCACUCCAAAAUGCUGAGCUGCAGGUGAAGGGUGUCCAUGGGCACGGGCUGAGUCUCUCUUUGCUGAGGAGUCUGGGAUGAGGUGUGGCAAGUGUGCACAUUCUUACCCCAGAGCCUGGUGGCCCUGGCCUCUGUGAACUAAAAUCCCCUGGUGGGAGAAGCUGUUUGAUGGGGCAUGUUUCAGGUGGGUGGUGUUUUUGGAUUGCAAAGAGGGAAAAGAUAAGAUCUGGGGUCUGACAUCUGGGGUUCCAACAGGACAUCACCACUAACCAGU